GUCUACCUUAUGUAUCAAUCAACACAUAGUAAAUUCGCCAUUGUUUGCAAAGCUGAAAUUACACCAGUUUUGUAAUUGAUGGCGGAAACACGAUUCAGUACCAGAAGUGAUAUAUCAACUGUAUCUUCUAUUCCCUCAGACAGCUCUUUAAACAGAAGCUCGGAUUUUUUAUAUGCAUUGGGUCAUAAUGGAGACAUUCAAACAGCAAACAAAGACCGCAACAUAAAAAAUGUUCAUCAAGUAAGAAACACAAGAAGAAAUGGAAAAGAUCGAAGAAAGGCAUCAACAUGUACUAUAAUAAUGUUCGUGCUCUUAUGUUUGAUGUCUUUGGGACAGAUAGCAUUUCUGGUGAUACAAUUGCACCAUAUAUCAAAGGAACAAGAAUCAAUAAAAAAUAUUACAAAAACGAACACAAAUCACAUUCGGAAGAUUGAAUUUGAAGCAGACCAAACUGAAGACACAUUUAAUUCUUUACGUGAUAUACAGAAUAGAGCAAUUAAAAAUAUUACACAAACGAACAUAAAUCUUAUUCGGAUGAUUGAAAUGGAUGCAGAUCAAACUGAAGACACAUUGGAUUCUUUACGUACGAUACAGAAUAGAGGUAAUGAAAAUAUUCAUGCUAUCUCAUUGAAUGGUCCCCAUGAAUUAAGUAUUUUUAUGAUUUCAUCAUCAGAACAGAGUGGAUAUGCAAAUUACUCUCAGUUUUCAAUCAGUGAUGAGAAUAGCAAAUAUAUGCUGAGAAUAUCAGGAUACAGUGGUUCAGCAGGAGAUGCCUUUAAUCACAAUGCAGCUAUCCAAAAUGGGCAAAAAUUUACAACAAAAGAUCAGGAUAAUGACAACUUUUAUAGUGGAAACUGUGCUGUUCAUUUCGGAGGAGGGUGGUGGUUUAAUGCCUGUCAUAAUGCUUUUCUGAAUGGAGAUUCUGAAAGUUACGGACGAAAAUGGUAUCCAUGGGCUGAUAAAGUUACAGACAGUGUUAUGAUGAUCAGACAAACCAUUUGAUAGAAACUGUAUUGCCAGAUAAUAAUGUUAAAAG